UUAAUGUUGCUCACAAGACGCUGAUGACGUUGAUUGCUGAUUCAUACAGGAUAAUAAAACAAAUCGAAUACAUUUAUUUCCCACAGUCUUAAUCUGUUUUCAAAUGGCAGGAGGGACCCGUUUGGAAAACGCAAAUCCUUUGAUUUUUCAACGAUCUGGCGAGCGACUUCAUACAGCAAAUGACGAGGACGAAGAUGUGCUUGAUCCCAUCGACGACAGGGAAAUAUUUGAUCUCAUCAGAUCGAUUAAUGAUCCAGAACACCCACUGUCCCUAGAGGAGUUGAAUGUCGUUGAACAAAUGCGAGUGCGCAAAUCGAGACUCAUCAGACCAGGCAACAUUCUUCCAGUCUUCAACUGUCCAAUUUUGGUGAAUGACCAACAGAACACUGUGGGUGUGGAGUUCACGCCGACCAUACCCCACUGCAGCAUGGCAACUCUCAUUGGACUGUCCAUCAAAGUGAAGCUGCUGCGGUCACUGCCAGAAAGAUUUAAGAUUGAUGUGCGUAUCACUCCAGGGACGCAUGCCUCAGAAGAUGCAGUCAACAAACAGCUGGCCGAUAAAGAGAGAGUAGCUGCAGCACUGGAAAACUCCCAGCUUCUUGAGGUGGUCAACCAGUGUCUGACGUCCAAUGCAAGGACAGUUUGAUGAAUAACCUUUGCUCACUGAGAUGGAUUGUGUCUUGCUUUAGCGUUUAGGAUCUGGUUACAGAAUACGCUUAUUCAUGGACAAAGAAUAUAUUUUAAUAGAGAUUCUCAAUUAUGGAAGUCCUUAGACCAGGAGUAUGCUUAAUCUAACAUGCUAAGUUGAUUAGUUGUAAGCUAUUUGAAACUAUACAUUGGCUAAUUAUAUCACCUGUGCUGCAAUUGUAUUCUUGUCAUCUGUCAUAGAAUUCCAUUGUAUCAUAUGUGAGUACAAGCUUUUAAAAAAUUCUAUGCACACUUUAGAUAUACAGUGCAGUCAAGAAGUAUUUGGACAGUGAAAUGUUUUGUUGUUUUGGCUCUGUUCUCCAGCUCUUCGGAUUUAAUAUAUGAUAUAAGUACGUUGGGGAUAAAUUAUGGACUGCCAUCAUAUUUGAAGAACCAUUUGGAAAUAACAGCACGGUCUUUGCAUAGACACUCAUUUAAUGGGACUAAAAUAAACUUUGAACUGAACUAAAAGGAUGUAGUCGAUUGGCUUCAUAGCGCUCUCUUAAUAAGACAGGUAUGUUUGCAUCGUUAGUGCAUACAAAAGUGUUAUCAGUCUUGUCUUGAUUUUAGGUUUUACAUUUGGAUGUCUGACAACACAAGAACAAAAAUGUCAAUUUAAGUCAAGUUGGCCAUAAUACUACAGAUCAAUCAGAAUGAAUUGAUCAGCGGCAUAGCCAAAACAGUAAGUGUGCUAGAAUCAACUGUUUGAUACAUCAUAGAAACCGGUGAGCUCUGCAAUGGCAAAUAAAUGGCUAGACCAGUCAAGACCAUUGCACCGAAUGACCAUAAUUAUGAAAAUAAAGUACUCUCUGAUAGGUCAAGAACACUCCAGGAGGUAGGUCUGGAUAUGUCAACUAGUAUCAUUUGCAAACCUCAUCAGAUAAAUCAGGGGUGGAUUGUAAUGUUGGAUUGUAAACUAAAACGCAGGCUAUAACACUAGUUAAUCUCUAAAACAGUCCUGACAGAGCAUUACCAGGCAUCGGGUGAUAUCUAUAGGUUUACGAUUUGAUAAAUGUGGGUGUAAAACAUUAAAAUGGACUAUAAUUUGUUCACGGUUCAUCUAUGUACCCUAAAAUUUUAUCUGACAGUCUGCACUUACUGUGGUGUAGUACAGAGUCAAAACAACAAAACUUUCUACAUAGUUAAAUUAAAAUGAUAGCAUUUGCAAAGAGUAAUGCAUACAUAAUCUCUCUUGAUUGUUUUUUUUCUAUUAAUAAUUUGAAUAAGCACCUUAUUUUGACCACAAGAAAUUCAGCAUUUUAGGAAGCACUUUUGUAUGUAUGCAAAAUUAUUUCUGGUGAUUAAAUGUCCUGAAACGGUCAUUCUGUCUUCAUUAUAUAUUAUUAAAAUUUUCCUGUAUUGAAAAAAAAAAAAGCAUAACCUUGGCACUGAAUAAAUUUUU